AAAUCCAUAUCUGCAGAUAUAUCGAAUUAGCUAGCGAAGAUGCAGAAUUACGAAGUUGUGAAGGAAUUGGGAUCUGGUAAUUUUGGUGUGGCCAGGCUCAUGAGGCACAAAGAAACUAAACAGCUUGUUGCCAUGAAAUACAUUGAACGAGGCCGCAAGAUUGAUGAGAAUGUGGCGAGAGAAAUCAUAAAUCACAGAUCAUUAAGACAUCCAAAUAUUAUUCGUUUCAAAGAGGUGUUAUUAACAUCAACACAUUUGGGAAUAGUAAUGGAGUAUGCAGCUGGUGGUGAACUCUUUGAUCGCAUCUGUCAAGCUGGGAGAUUCAGUGAACCUGAAGCUCGAUACUUUUUUCAACAGUUGAUCUCUGGAGUCCAUUACUGCCACAACAUGCAAAUCUGUCACAGAGAUCUGAAAUUGGAAAACACACUGUUAGAUGGAAGUCCAGCACCUCGUCUUAAAAUUUGUGACUUUGGUUACUCCAAGUCGUCUGUGUUGCAUUCACGUCCCAAAUCCACUGUUGGAACACCAGCAUAUAUUGCACCCGAGGUUCUAUCACGCCGUGAAUAUGAUGGCAAGUCUGCAGAUGUAUGGUCAUGUGGAGUGACUUUAUAUGUCAUGUUGGUGGGAGGAUAUCCUUUUGAAGAUGUAGAUGAUCCCAAGAAUUUCAGAAAAACUAUUUCAAGAAUAAUGGGUGUUCAAUACAAAAUCCCAGACUACGUCCAUAUAUCUCAUGAUUGCAAACACCUUCUUUCUCGCAUUUUUGUUGCCAGUCCUGCCAGGAGAAUCACACUAAAAGAGAUCAAGAACCAUCCAUGGUUUUUAAAGAGCUUGCCAAAAGAACUUACAGAAUCAGCUCAAGCAGUGUAUUACAAAAGAGACAAUCCAACAUUCUCCCUUCAAAGCAUUGAGGAGAUCAUGAAAAUUGUAUCAGAGGCAAGAAAUCCACCAACUCCAUCAAGGCCAGUUCCGCACUUUGGCUGGGGAACUGAAGAAGAGGAAGAAGACGGAGAGACCAAAGAAGAAGACGAGGAAGAGGAUGAAGAAGACGAGUAUGAAAAACAAGUUAAGCAAGUUCAUGCAAGUGGAGAGUUUCAUAUCACACAUGAUGAUGCUUAAGUUUACCAUUUCUCAUUUUCAGUAUAGUCUCUGAUUUUGAUGUUCUGUACAACUAAUAACUGCACUUGGCCCCAUCAACAAACUUUUCAAAAAUAUUACUCGUAUUCCUUCCUUG